AUGGAAUUUCUAUUGUUCUGGGCAAAUAAUAUUGACAAUUUACGUAAGCUCUCACAACCACCUGAGGCAAUUUCAAUUGUCAUGGAUAUGGCAUUAAUAUUAAUGAAACGUCACAUUGAACCUAUACGACUUAAUUAUACAUCAAAAGACGCUAAAAGUGGAUCACCGUUUUAUACACCAUCUUAUGCUGAUAUUAAUAAACUGCUUACGUGGCCAAAUUUACUUGGUGUUUUAACAUCAAUUCGAGAUUUGAAUGAUGAAAUUGUUGAAUUGUUGAAACCGUAUAUGAAUAUAGAAAAUUUACAAGAUAGAGCCAGAAAAGCGUUUCAUGAUUUAGCAACAUUGACGGUUUGGGCUGAUAAAAUGCAAGCUUAUCAUCAGGUGAACAAAACAGUUAUACCAAUAAAAGAUCGUGUACAGAAAGCGGAAAAUUCGUUGAGAAAAGCAACGAAGAAAUUAAGCCGAGCAGAAAGAGAUUUAGAAGAGACUAAAGCUGGUUUAAGAAAAUGUCAAGAAGAUUUUGACGCAGCAAUGCAAACUAAACAGGCAUUUCAAGCUGACUAUGAUACGUUAUUGAGACGUCGUGAUGAUGCCAAAAGCUUAAUUAGUGGAUUAACUGGUGAAAAAAUUCGUUGGAGUGAACAAUCGAAAUCAUUUGAAAAAAGUGUUGAAAAACUAGUGGGCAAUACUAUAUUAGUUACGGCAUUUUUAUCCUAUUGUGGACCACUUAAUCAAGAAUAUCGUCAACGAAUGUUAAACGAAUGGCAAAAACAGUUACAAUCGAGAAAUAUUCCUUAUAGUGAAGCCUUUAAUAUUAUUGAACAGUUAACUGAUGAAGCAACGAUAGGCGAAUGGAAUUUACAAGGACUACCGACUGAUGACUUAUCUACACAAAACGGAAUAAUAGCCACAUCAAAUUAUCGUUAUCCACUACUGAUUGAUCCUCAAUUACAAGGAAAAACAUGGAUUAAACAUUUAGAAAAAGACAAUGAUCUUCUAGUGACUACGUUAAAUGUUAAAAUGUUUCGUACACAAUUAGAAGAUUCCAUAUCUCUUGGACGUCCAUUGCUAAUCGAAGAUGUCGGAGAAGAAUUGGAUCCAUUGUUAGAUAAUGUAUUAGAAAAAAAUUAUGUUAAAAUUGGACUUAGUCUAAAAGUCAAAGUUGGUGAUCGGGAAAUUGAUAUUAAUCAUUCAUUUCGUUUGUAUAUCACUACCAAAUUACCAAAUCCAAACUAUUCACCAGAAAUUUGUGCAUAUGUUUCUGUUAUUGAUUUCACAGUAACGAUGAAAGGUUUGGAAGAUCAAUUACUUGGUCUGGUUAUUGCCAACGAAAGAGCGGAACUUGAACGUGAACGAGUGACAUUGGCAAAAGAGACGACAAAAAAUAAACGUCUAUUAAUAGAAUUGGAAGAAAGUUUAUUGGCUAAAUUGACGAGUAUUGAGGGUUCAGUGUUGGACGAUUUAUCGUUAGUAGAAGUACUCAAUGCAAAUAAACGUAUAGCCACAGAAGUUAAAGAAAAAGUUGUGAUUGCAGAAGAAACAAAGACAAAAAUUAGUACAGCACGAGAAGAAUAUAGACAAAGUAAUAUGCAGACUUAG